AAGAAGCGGUAACCGCGGGAAAUUCGAUCGCCUCGAGGAGGUGUCUUCGAGCGAAAUUCGUCGACGCUCUGUGUGCAUCUUGGAUCGAAUAUGAGGCGAUUUUUAGAUCUGUUGAUCAUUUUGUGUUUGGUGAACGCUCACGGUGAGCCUUGUCUCGAAUACGGAUGUCCUGGACGACCCCGCUACGAACCUUUUGUUCCUGCACCUCCGGGGCACACACCUAAUUGCGCAAAACCUGGACAAACGUUCUGUGAAAGUCUCGAUCACUAUCCUAGGCAGUUGAUUAAAUUUCUCGUGGACAAAUGCAGCUUCGACUUCACCUCUGUGCUGCGAGACGAGUCCAAAGACGAUUUCAACAUUUAUAGGUCAAUCCCGGAUUACCCAGAAGGGUAUGAUUACCCUCCACAGGGGGAAACGCAAUUACACUCGCAAGGGUUACCAUUUCUGCCACCUCAAUAUCCUCUGAGAGGGCAGCCGACUUUAAUUUAUGGAACUCCGUCCAACGACACUCGCCAGAAUGGUUACAGAUACACUACGCCCGGUCAAUCGCAGAGAAAUCCGUUUCUGAUCGAGGGAAUGCCGAGCGUCAAGUAUCAUUCCAGUAGCCAACGAUCUAUCGAUCGUCCCUUCUAUCCUCAAACGCAAUCGUUGAACUUCGAACAGGGUCAAACAUGGUGGGCAAACAGAUACGCGCGGAACAGUAAAGCUGCGCCUCUCACUGUUUACGAAAAUCCAUUACUGAGGUACGCCAAGUCGGGCAAGACGCGUCAGAAGAGACAGUCUAAUAAUCUCGACACGAUCACGCUUUGUCCGACGGAGGCGCAGUAUAUUACUCCCAGGGCAGCUCUGAACAACGAAGGGAACUGGAUGUACGUGGUGAACCUGCAGGAUCAGAACGAGAAGUACUCCCAAGUCGUGAAGAGCGAGAGAUGCACGACAAACGUCUGCAACGGUAUCUGCUCCGUUCCAGCCGGAUACACCAGCAGAUGUCAGCAACAAUACGUUCAGAAGAGGUUAGUGGCGCUACGAGGAAGCGGAAAUCAAUUGUACACCGACGUAUUUUGGUUCCCACACGGCUGUACCUGUCAGAUUAUGCUGAAUUACUGAGAACGCGCUGAAUUAA